AUGCCUCAGAACGAGUACAUGGAAAGAUGGCGUAAGCUGCACGGCCGUCGUCUCGAUCAUGAGGAACGAGUUCGCAAGCGUACCGCCCGUGAGGGUCACAAGGCCUCGCAGGAUGCUCAGAACCUGCGUGGUCUCCGGGCCAAGCUUUACCAGCAGAAGCGACACAAGGAGAAGAUUCAGAUGAAGAAGCAGAUCAAGGCGCACGAGGAGCGCAACGUCAAGACGGCCGACGAGAAGGAUCCUACGACACCCAUGCCCUCCUACCUUUUGGACCGUACAAAUCCUUCAACUGCCAAGGCCCUCAGCAGCGCUAUCAAGAACAAGCGAGCUGAGAAGGCUGCCAAGUUUGCUGUCCCCUUGCCCAAGGUCCGUGGUAUUAGCGAGGAGGAGAUGUUCAAGGUUGUCAAGACCGGAAAGAAGAUCCAGAAGAAGGCCUGGAAGCGCAUGGUCACCAAGCCCACCUUUGUCGGACCCGACUUCACUCGACGCAACCCCAAGCACGAGCGCUUCAUCCGCCCCAUGGGUCUCCGUUACAAGAAGGCCAACGUCACACACCCCGAGCUUGGCGUUACCGUUCAACUGCCCAUCAUCAGUGUCAAGAAGAACCCUCAGAACCCCCUAUACACUCAGCUCGGUGUCCUGACAAAGGGUACCGUCAUCGAGGUCAACGUCAGCGAACUUGGUCUGGUCACCGCUGGUGGAAAGGUUGUUUGGGGUCGCUACGCUCAGGUCACCAACAACCCGGAGAACGAGGGCUGCAUCAACAGUGUCCUUCUGUAUCGCCAGUUGUUGACCUUGACUCGAAAGUCUCUUAAACAGGGAGCUGGUGCUGAAAACAGGGUCCCUAGGUCCCUGUUGUCCAUAGCAGGUACCUCUUCUAAAAACUCGGGCGGUGACGCCGAUAAAUUAUUUUCUGCCCGAACUAGCAAAAUCGCAUUCGUCUGUGGUCCCCCAUCUCGCCCGCCGAAACUAUUAUACAACCUAUUCUCUCUCGUUCGAAAUCCCCAUAACCCCAAACAAUUCUUCAAAAUGAGCGGAGACAAGAUGGACGUCGAGGUCGCGGAGCAGAAGAUGAACUCCAUGGAGCACAGCGAGCAACACUACUUCAAGAGCUACGACCACCAUGGUAUCCACGAGGAGAUGUUGAAAGAUGAGGUCCGAACACGAUCGUAUAUGAACGCCAUUAUGCAAAACAAGCACAUUUUUAAGGACAAGGUCGUUCUCGAUGUUGGCUGCGGUACCGCCAUUCUCUCCAUGUUCGCCGCUAAGGCCGGUGCUAAGCAUGUUAUCGGUGUUGACAUGUCCACCAUCAUUUUCAAGGCCCGUGAGAUUGUCAAGAUCAACGGCCUUUCUGACAAGAUCACCCUUCUCCAGGGCAAGAUGGAGGAGGUUGAGCUCCCCUUCCCCAAGGUCGACAUCAUCAUCUCUGAGUGGAUGGGAUACUUCCUUCUCUACGAGUCCAUGCUUGACACCGUUCUCUACGCUCGUGACACCUACCUCCAGAAGGAUGGUUUGAUCUUCCCUGACAAGGCCACCAUUUUCUUCGCUGGUAUUGAAGAUGGCGACUACAAGGAGGACAAGAUUGAGUUCUGGAACGAUGUUUACGGUUUCGACUACACCCCUCUCAAGGCCACCGCUCUCUCUGAGCCCCUUGUCGACACUGUCGAGGUUAAGGCUGCUGUCACCGACCCCGCUCCUGUCCUUACCCUCGAUCUCUACACCUGCACCGUCGCCGACCUGGCUUUCCAAGUGCCCUUCAAGUUGUCUGCUAAGCGCGACGACUUCAUCCACGCCCUUGUGUCAUGGUUCGAUAUCGACUUCACCGCCUGCCACAAGCCUAUCCGCUUCUCAACAGGUCCCCACACCAAGUACACCCACUGGAAGCAGACCGUCUUCUACUUUGAGGACGUCCUCACCGUCCAGCAGGGCGAGGAGAUCACGCUCAACCUUGAUGUCCGACCCAACGACAAGAACCGACGUGAUCUUGACAUCAAGAUUGCCUACGAGCUCGAGACACAGGACGCCAACCGCUCCUCCAAGGGUGCUCUCGAAUACCGCAUGUGCUAA